AUGAAGACAUUAAAGGUGGCUAUUGAAGGAUGCUGCCACGGCGAUCUCAAUAAAAUAUACAAGGGAAUACCUUCUUCAACAGAGCUUCUUUUGAUAUGUGGUGAUUUCCAAGCCCUACGCAACACAUCUGACUAUCAAGCAUUAAGUGUACCUGAAAAAUAUCGACGUUUGGGAGAUUUUCAAUCUUACUACACUAGCAAAAAGAAAGCGCCUGUGCUUACAAUAUUCAUUGGUGGUAAUCAUGAGUCAUCGUCAUACUUGCAGGAGUUGAAAUAUGGAGGUUGGGUGGCGCCCAAUAUAUAUUACCUUGGUGAAUUUGGGAGUGUACACUAUAAAGGACUUUCGAUUUGCGGGUGGAGUGGUAUCUACAACCCACACACAUAUAUGAACAAGUCGUUUAAUGUGGAAAGACUACCAUUUGAUUCUAAUUCCAUACGAAGUGUCUAUCAUCAAAAAUUAUCCAACUUUUUGAAAAUGUAUUUGCAACGAGAUAUGGAUAUUGUUCUAAGUCACGAUUGGCCAGUUGGUAUCGAGAAAUUUGGUGAUAAGUAUAGGUUACUUAAACAGAAGCCAUUUUUCACUCAAGAUAUCAAAAAAGGGCAAUUGGGAAGCCCAUUGAAUAAUGUAUUAUUGCAUCACUUAAAACCUAGAUAUUGGUUCAGUGGGCACCUACAUGUAAAGUUUAAAGCCAAUGUUAAUCACAACAUAUCCAAGCCAAAGCAAGUUAAAAAUGCUAAUGAGAUAUUGCUAGACAUGGAGAGCCUGGAUGAAGCCAGCGAUGGUGAAAAUCAACCCCAAAAAAAGAUGAAACCAAAUGGACAUGUGGUCCAUGACACUCAGUUUUUAGCAUUGGACAAAUACGGCCCCCGUCGAUCUUACUUUGAAGUAAUAAAUAUUCCAAUCUUGGAAAAUAACCACCCGUCAGUGCAUGAUGAUGGAUUGUACUAUGAUAAACGAGCCAUAGCGAUAAAUCGUGUGGUUGAAAAAUAUCGAAUUGAUCAGAAGACUGAGUUUGAGCUGAUGAGCCCUAGGGAGAUAUUACGGGAUCCAAGGAAGCUUGAGAAAUUUAUUCCACUUGUCGCAAAAGAGCUGGAGGAGAUUAACCAAAUUGAUGAUAAUCAGUUCGUAAUACCAAAGAAUUUUGAGGUUGUUGCACCUGCUGAUUACGAUGGUGAAUUGAAAUAUUACCCAAAUGCCCAAACAGAAGAGUAUUGUCGUAAAUUUGGCAUACCUCAACAAGAUUACCAGUUGUGA